AUGAGGUUUGCUAACUUUUUUGGCCUUACGAUUAUCAACUUGUUUUGGAUAGACUUUCACUAUGCAUAUCCUUCCACUUCCAAAAACAGCAACCCCACCAAUUUUAGGCGUUGGUUAAACCUCUUAAAUAUGGAUAUGUCUAGUAGUGACAAGAAAUUGCUUGCUAACUCGAUUUAUGACAUGUUUAGUUUCGCAUAUGAUAGUUACUUAAAAUAUGGGUUCCCUUAUGAUGAACUAAACCCGAUUGACUGCGUUGGCCGUGGUUAUGAUCACGAAAAUCCUGAUAAUAUAAAUGUGAACGAUGCUCUUGGUGACUAUCUACUUACGCUUAUAGACUCUCUCGAUACAUUGGCAAUCAUGGGCAAAACCGAAGAUUUUAGAAAUGCAGUUAGUUUAGUAAUAAAACACCUUUCGUUUAAUCAAAAGACAAGGGUUCAAGUUUUCGAAGCAACUAUUAGAGUUCUAGGAGGUCUUUUAUCAGCACAUAUAAUCAUUACAGACCCAACUGAGUCAUUUGGCCAUCUGCGACCACCGGGAUAUGAUGAUGAAUUACUGAACCAUGCACAUAAUCUAGCGAACCGGAUGCUGAACGCUCUUUACGACACACCAACUGGGAUACCUUACCCCAGAUUUCACCUAGAUUCUGGCCUGAAAGAUAAUACAACAACUGAAAACUGCCUCGCCGGUGCUGGCUCCUUAUUACUAGAAUUCGGCUCCUUAAGUGCAUUACUCAAUGAUUCUAGUUACGCUUCGAUAGCUCGCCGCAUUGUUUUAAAUCUAUGGAAAAAGCGUUCAAGUGUUUCUGGACUUUUCGGCUCAACAAUCGAUGUGGAUUCAGGUGAAUGGAUAAAUCGAAUGAGUGGUCUCGGUGCUGGACAAGAUUCAUUUUUUGAAUAUUUACAUAAAGCAUAUAUUCUAUUUGGUGAUAAUCAAUUGGGACAAAUGUUCAAUGAGGCAUUAAGUAGUAUUCAACAUCAUUUACGUACUGGUCGACCUCAAUGUUUAUCUGGUAGUGGUUCACCACCAAUCUAUUGGAAUGUUGAUAUGUCUUCUGGUAAUAAAGUCAAUCAUUGGAUAGAUACAUUACAGUCAGCCUGGUCUGGUGUAUUAGUUCUUCAUGGUGAUCUAAAUGAAGCAAUUUGUCAUCAUGCUGUACAUUAUUUCAUUUGGAAAAUUUAUGGUUUACCUCCAGAACGUUAUAAUAUUAUGACUGAGAAACCCGAACUGUACUUCUAUCCACUUCGUCCAGAAUUUGCUGAAUCGACAUACCUUUUAUAUAGAGCGACGAAACAUCCUUUUUAUUUACAUGUUGGCAAAGAUAUUAUGGAUGGUAUCAAUAAAUAUACUAAGGCCGAAUGUGGAUUUGCAACUAUUCAUAAUGUAAUUGAUAAAUCUAAAGAAGAUCGUAUGGAAAGCUUUUUUCUAAGUGAAACAUUGAAGUACUUAUAUUUGUUAUUCGAUGAAUUUAAUCCUGUCAAUGUGAAUGAAUAUGACUAUGUAUUCAGUACUCAAGCACAUUUAUUUCCAAUUAAACGAAUUCAAAAUCUAGUGAAAAAUCUUCAUAUGAAUCCAUUUUCUUUCCUCAAUAACUCUCAGGGUUAUGAAUUUGUGAAAAACAGCUCUUGUCCCAAUAUUAAAUUGACCACUUCUCAAUAUCCAAUGAAUGAUGAUCUUUGGAAAGCAACAGGUAUUUAUGUUAAUGCAAAAUUUGCUUCCUUACCCCAAUAUAAACUGUGA